AUGAAAACAAACGUCCUUCGUUCCCGUGUAUUUCCACCUGUCGACAAUAAUCAAAAUAUUAUUGCUGGAGAUGAUAGAGCGAAUAUUUUUGUUGGUUUAGCUGCUUUGCAUACUCUUUUUGUUCGGGAACAUAAUCGUAUUGCUUUACUUCUUCAAAAAGUGAAUCCUCAUUGGGACCACGAUAGAAUUUAUUUGGAGACUAGAAGAAUUGUUGGGGCUGUAAUACAAAAAAUAACAUAUGAAGAUUAUUUGCCUAAGCUUUUUGGAAAAAAAUUUGAUGAACUUAUUGGAAAAUAUAAGGGAUAUAAUCCAAAAGUUGACCCCUCAAUUUUUAAUGAAUUUACAAGUUGCGCAUUUCGGUUUGGUCAUGGAAUGAUUCAAGUGCUUUACUUUUUCAUUCGAAAAUUUUUAUUUUUUAGGAGUUUAAUGUCAUUACCUGCAAGACUGCCACAAAGACUGACUGUUUCUGUAACUGAAAAGAUUUUUGGAAAUUCUGAUUUGGGGUAA